GAUAAAAAAAGGGGUUAGAGAGAGAAAAUGGGAAGAGGGAGAGUUGAGUUGAAGAGGAUAGAGAACAAAAUUAACAGGCAAGUGACCUUCGCUAAGCGAAGAAAUGGCCUUUUGAAGAAAGCCUACGAGCUUUCGGUCCUCUGCGAUGCCGAAGUCGCGCUCAUCAUCUUCUCCAAUAGAGGAAAGCUGUACGAGUUCUGCAGUAGCUCCAGUAGCAUGCUCAAAACACUUGAGAGGUAUCAAAAGUGUAACUAUGGAGCACCAGAGCCAAAUGUAUCCGCGAGGGAAGCCCUGCUGAGUAGCCAACAGGAGUAUUUGAAACUUAAAGCACGUUAUGAAGCCCUACAAAGAUCUCAGAGGAAUCUUCUUGGUGAGGAUCUUGGCCCUCUAAACAGCAAGGAGCUUGAGUCACUAGAAAGGCAGCUGGAUAUGUCACUGAAGCAGAUAAGAUCAACACGGACGCAAUACAUGCUGGAUACACUCACAGAUCUGCAAAGAAAGGAACACGCGCUAAAUGAAGCAAACAACAGCCUGAAACAAAGGUUGAUGGAAGGAAACCAAGUAAGUUCGCUCAACUGGAAUGCAACUCAUGCCCAAGAUUUGGGGUAUGGGCGACAACCAGCUCAAUCUCAGGGUGAAGCUAAUUUCUUUCAUCACUUGGAGUGUGAACCCACGUUACAAAUUGGAUACCACCAGACUGAUCCAAUGGCUGCAGCGGCAGCGGCAGCGGCAGCGGCAGCGGCAGGCCCCAGUGUGAAUAAUUACAUGCUAGGAUGGUUGCCGUGAUAAGAAGAGUAAAAGGAUCAGACUUGAUCAUUUGCAUAAAUUCCUGUCAUGGGAAUCAGCAAAUUUUAUCUUUGAUAUGUUAUUUGACAAAAAAACUAAGUACUUUCUAAUUAAUGGUGUGGAUUUCUUCUCAUAAACCAUAGACUUGUUGUCUAUUACUAGCUACUAUUAGUCUGCAUCAUGAGAGAGAACCGUAUGUAAAGUUGUGGCGUGCUCAAACAUUGCGCUUGUUUGUGUUUCCAUUAUUCAGAUGCAAGCUAGCUCCGUUUGUAA